CGGGAGUCGGCGGACACCCUUGUCAUAACCAAUUUUUCAGCCGGACUUUCAUCUCCUGAAAAAGGCCCUACAGACAUUGGUACAGUCCGAAGUUUGAGACGAGCACUAGUGACACUACUGGUGUUGUUGGGCCGGCGGACCCCGCCAAGCAGACAUAAUUUCAGGCACUAAACACACUUGUCGGGACAAAGAUUUUCAAGUGAUGGCACGCUCCGCCCGGAUCCAGAGCACACUGGUGUACACCCCACACUGACAUCAUCAUGAUCGAUAUCGCACCGCCCACUGCAGUUAUAAAAGACCUCACCUCCAUGUUCUAUUGAAUUCAGUUUUCUUUUAUUACACAAACACUAUGUGGUUCACGUCCAAUUCUGAAGAGUCUCAAGCACACUCGCAGGUGACUGGCGGACACAGCGCCAAACUGAGCCAUGAGCUCAUUGCCGCUGCCGCAUCAUACGAGGCUGCUAAAGCGUAUGAGAAGCAUGUCCAGAAGAACGGAAAACCUGCAAACCAUGCGAAGGCCGUGGAGGUGCUUGCAGCGCUGACGGGUGGCUUUGUUGACCGCAUUGCAGAGACCAAGGGAAUGGAUGCACUUGAUAAGGAAAAAGCCAAGCAUGCAGCACAUGAACGCGCUAAAAGCUCCCUCGAGAAACAUGGAGAAUUUUGAUCGUGCCAUAGUAGUAGGUUGAACGCGCACGACGGACUUGGUAACACCCAUCACGAAGUCGGGCUGGGGAUGUUUUUCAUAGAUACUUUUAGCAAAAUCAUACCAAGUAUCCACAAAUUAUAUCCAACUACAAAGCAAUAUAUAAGUCGAUUUAUUCGACGAAAUUCACCUUGCCAAGGUAAAUGUCGUAAAUUAGGUUCAGUGCAAGAACCAAGAGGUGUGCGACGGAGAAAUCCGACAAACCAUCCAUUUGCUUACGGUAAGCAAAAAACUUUAUUUCAGCCACUUUGGCGUUAUAUCAUGC